AUUGUGGAAGUCAAGGUAGCUGCAGGGUGAUUUCUCGUGGGUUUGCUUCUCCGGUUGUAGACAUGGCUCACACUGGAUUUUGCGAUUCCCGGACCCUGUUGGACCGAGACCCUACGGCUGAGGAUAUGACCCUUCUUCCUCUGAGGACUUGGGCCAGUGCUUGCCCGCCGAAGGAGCGCUGGGGCAACUGUUUUGGGCCUGUGGAAACCUUUCUGACUGCGGAGAAACAUUGCACAUGGGUCGAUUGGCUGUCAAACGGCCCAGUACAUCAACACCUUGCAGGUUUUACUGUGCCAAGUGCCAUCACGAGUUCAGUGUCUUCCCACAUGCUGAUGCCUGGUCUCCUCAAGCAUGAACUGGAGGUUGCAAUGGUCAGCCUGGGCGUCAUCCAUGAUCGCACUUACGCCUGGGAUAUUUUCAAAGACAUGCUGUGGACUCAGCGGCAGCACACAUUUCCUAGUGCAGAGCUGCCCAAGCCUUAUUCUGGGAAGAUGCUGGCCAUCCUGAUCGACUGGCUCAUCCAGGUUCAUGCAGUUCUUGAUUUCGCUGAGGAGACCCUGCACCUGACGGUGUUCUUGUUGAACCGAGCUGUGCGUCUGCUAAAAGUGCCGGUUUGCAGCUUGCAACUACUGGGGGUGGUGUGUCUGUUCCUCGCAAGCAAGAAGGAAGAGUGUUUAAUUCCAGAGGUGUCUGAGCUGUGUCACCUGAUGGAGAACGCCUACACCAAGGGCCAGCUGCUGAAGAUGGAGCGCAAGGUCCUCUGCAUCCUCAAGUUCGAGCUGUCCUACACGUCGCCACAUCACUUCCUGCUCCUCCUCACCACCAUCGCACGAUGCAGCGUCAAGAUGGUGUGGAUGGCGCGGUACCUGCUGGAGUUGACCCUGAUCGAGGGGGAGUGUGUGGUGUACCAGCCUGUUCACCUGGCAGGUGCCGCCAUCCAGCUGGCACGCUGUGUACUGCAGGAGCCCCCGCUCACCUACAUCGGCAACAGCAUCUUCCUGGGCAGUGAGGCUUCACUCCUGGCCAUCAUGAAGACGCUGGCUCUGGCCGCCGCACGGGCACCCAUGGGCAACACCCACGCCACCUUCCUGAAGUACGCCUCCGAGGAGACCAUGUGUGUCAGUAAACACCCGGCCCUCAUAUGUGCUGUGGGCCUGCUCAAGCUGCCCGGUAUGCAGAGCUAGAGGACCAGCCAGACACCCCCGGUCUCCGUUCCCGUCCUGGGACGCAUACCCCGAUUUCCGUUGCUCUCCUGGGCUGCCCAGCUCAGCGGGUAUAAUGCCUGGUGAUGGUUGGACACAUUAGUACAGGGGCACUACUGCAUCGUUUCAUGCAAAAUGAUGCAGGUGGGGUGGAGGAAGAAAAAAAAAAAACGAAGGGGGCGGCACUGCUGUCUUGUGUUUUUUGCACGUGUUAUGGGGAUUGCUAUGAAAUAUUUAAAAAUAAAUAAAUAUUUGUCACUGUACUGUUUUAGUCUAGCUGUUUUAUGUCUAGUUUUUAAGUGUUUAGCUUUGUCCUUUUGUGAUUCUGCUCUGGUUUAAAUUGUAUGUAAAAUGACUCCCAUUGUGAGCACUUUGUUUAUUGCCAAUUUGUACACAGAUGUUCAUUUUAAAUGUGAGAAAAUAAAUGUUGCUACAAAAUAAAUCUGCCUGACUAUGCUGUA